GUGUACCUAACCGAUGAUGAACGGAGAGUCACAGAAGCAGCAGUGGCCGCAGUCAUCGGUGGCACGCUGGCGACGGGCUGCCAAAGCAAUGCCUUUUUCCUGUGAAAUUAUCAUAGGAAACUGAUUUUGUGAAUGGUCACCCUGCGGUGCCGACAUAGCGCAUCGCAAUGGCACCGGGUUGGCAAGAGAUCGUUUCGCAAAACGCGGAACAGAUAACGGGAUAUGUCCGCGAGAUCCUGUCGUCCGGCCUCGUCUUUCUGAAGUCUGAGCUAGGAAUAGACUUGGGCUUGAAUCCCGAUGUAUGCGCACCAUGGGUGCUCCUCUUGGCGGCCUGGAUCGGCCUGGUACUCAUGCUGAUUUUAUGGGUGUCGGUCUGCCGAGGUGUAUCGAGGAGAUUGACGGAGACACCGGACACCGGCGCAGCGCCACCGACGAAGAAAGCAGAUCAUAGAGCAGAGGAGCCGAAGAGGAGGAACCGGAGGAGGAAUGCUGAAAAGAAAGCUGGUCUCGCUGUUGAACCACAGCAAGAUACCAAAGUGCUGGACACUCAGGAACAACUGGAAGUGAAGGCAGACAAGGCAAAGAAGAAUAAGAAAAAGCAAAAGGCCUCUGUUAAAGACAAGUCCUCUACAUCUGGUGAUGGCAAAGAACCCGAUGAAGGUACCUGGGAGACCAAGGUCAGCAACCGCGAGAAACGGCAACAGCGACGGAAGGACAAAACUCCAGGUGAUGGGUCAGCUAGCCCAGAAGCAACAGCCACUUCGAGUGCCAUUAAUACCACGGAGCAAGUCCAAACUGCACCGGAAAAACCGGAAACCACCAUCAAGACCACUGCUUCUACACCUGUCAUCCAAAAAGAAGUAGAGGCGAAAACACCUGAAAUUGAAGCAAAAUAUGUACGAGAACCUGUCGAUCCUCAAGUGAUUCCGUGUUGGGAAGAGGUGCUGUCUCUUAAUGGUUCUGGCAGAAGUGACCUCAGCAUACAGCUUCCUCCUCAGAUGGCCAAUGUUCAGACCGAGAGCUGGACCACCUUGAGUCUCUCUACUGAGCGUCAGCCAGCUGAACCCUCUGUCUGGCCCCAGGACAUGGAAGGCUCAUGGACCAUUGUGGAUGGAUCUCAUAUUCCAGUGUCAUUCAGUGGAUUAACCGUUGUCCCUGUCCUGAGCUGGGGUCCUCAGCAGCCCCCUGUGCAGCUGGAUGAUGAGUGGUCUGGACUGAACAGCGCGGCAGACCCGUCGUGCGAUUGGAACGCUCCAUCGGAGGAAUGGGGGAACUAUGUGGAGCAACAGUCAGCGAGCGCAGUCCCCCUAGAGCAGCCGAUCCCAGAAGCGCCACAAGAGUCUGAUCUUGAGAAGGAGAAAGAUGAAGCAGGUCCUCCUGGCAGUGGUAAAGCUAAAAAGAAGAAGAAGAAAAAGAAGAAGGUUGAUGAUGCUGGACCAUCUGCUCCGAUUCAGUCCCAGGUGAAGACAGAAAAAGAUCCGAGCGCAGGACUGCAGGCAAAGAGCACGGCGGGAAACAACUUAGCUGCUGGUGACGCCUCGACACGUGUGGAGGUGCCGUCAUGUGCCGUAUCAUCAGCUCCAGCACAAACACAGCAGAGGAUGGGUGGACCCGAGUCCACUGACAAACCCGCACCUGUACCAACACAAAAAAAAGCAGAGGAGAGCUGGGAGUCUCCAAAACAAGUUAAAAAGAAGAAGGCCAGAAGGGACACAUGAGCACGUCGCUGGUGUAUGAAAGAGAUGACGACAAAUGCAAUCUCUGGGUUGUACAGGAUUUCAUACUUCCUGAGUGACUGUACUUUUUUUUGAUACCCUUGAUCCACUGUGUUGUGAAUUUCAUCCUAGUGUCCCCGUCUCAUUAGGUGUAUCUAGACAAUGUACUCUAACAUUACCUGGCAUACAAAGGGGGCACUUCAAAUUCAGAAUAGCUUUUUUCCCCAAUGUAUGUUAGUUGAUAAUUAUACAGUAUGUUUGAUAUGAUUUGUAUUUGCAGCAAAAUGGUUUUGUAAGAAACUUAAUCCUGGUUCUAUUUGUAAAGAACCAGUGAUGUUGUGUGGUCAACCAGCGUUGACCAUGACACUUAAAGAUUGGCGCACAUGGGAAAUAAGGGGAUCGUCCUAUUCCGUUUGAGUUUCCGGGAAUCUGUAGAUCAAUGUUACAUGAGCGGAUGGUUUCAUUCAUUCAUAGAGCAAGGAGUCAAAACUGAUCACAGUGCACUAAAUGAGGUAUUUUGGCUGUGUGAUUUACAGCGAUGUUAACUGUUAGGACGCAAAUAAAUUAAGCCAUACAUGAGAACAGUUAGAAAUUCUGAUGCUGGUAUGAAUGUAUAAUCCUAUUAUUUGACAAGCAACUUUUUUAACCUCAUGCUUUGUAGUAGUGACGUCGGAUGGGUAUUUGUGAUCAAUGUUACACCAGGUACAGCAGUGUCAAGAAAAUUUGAAUGCCUUAACUUGUGUUGCGCAAGAUGGCAGCAGAGAUCUGUCAGUUGCAUGUGGUUUCCUCUUUCGUAUUUAUUGGUUAAUACAAGUCAUGUUUAAUGAGUAAUAAAGAUUAACCUUUCUUUGCA